CGGACGCGGGGGCGGCCGCCUGCCCUCCGAGGCUCGACUACGGCGCCGCCGCGGACACCGACGCCGCCGCCGCCAUCAUCUGCUCCAUGUACAUCGUCUUCGGCGUCGUCUACAGCCUGCUCGGUUACCGCUGCUUCAAGGCCGUCAUGUUCCUGACGGGCUUCAUCUUCGGUUCGGUGAUCGUGUACCUCAUCUGCCUGCAGGAGAAGUUGCUGCCGGCCUACGGGAACGCUGGCGUGGCGCUGGCGGCGGGCCUGCUGUUCGGGCUGGUGACGAUGCUGGUGCAGUACGUGGGCCUGUUCAUGACGGGCCUGCACACAGGCCUCUUCUGCGCCGUGGCGGGGCUCGCCGUCGCCGACCAGCUGCUGGGCUGGGCGCCGCCCUCCGCCUGGGCCGCCGCCGCCUCGCUCCUCAUCGCCGGGCUCGUCUUCGCCGUGCUCAACCUCUACUGCCAGAAAGGUCUGACGGUGCUGGGCACGAGCGUGUACGGCGGCGCGAUCCUGGCGGGCUCGCUGGACUACUGGCUGCAGCGGCUGGCGACCGCGCGCUGGCUGUGGGCGCGCGUGGCCGGCGCCGCGCCGCCCGUGCCGCCGCCAUGCUGGCUGGGCUGGCUCGUGCUGGCGCUCUGGCCCGCCGUCGCGCUCGUCGGCGUCGCGACGCAGUGCGCCGUCACCGGCCGCGGCCUGCACCACCGCACGCACCCAGCAUAUCUGAAACAGCAUCACCAUGCCGGAGGGCCAGGAAUGCGCAGUGGCGGUCCAGCAGGGCAAGUGCCUCGUACACGUGAGCAAAGGGCAGAAAUGAGGCAAAACAAGUAUCGGUACCUCUAUCAGGUACGGACAGCACAUGGCGAUGUCAUUUGCCAGAGUUAUGUUCAGGCCUUACAGCGCCGUGUCCUUGGUGACACCAGUUGUGGCACUUUACGUUCUGACAGUACAAGGCUCACCGUUCUGCCACCAGCAUCAUCAGCUGGGCAACCACUCACUGAAUCAGAGGGUGAAGGAGACACAGAUGACCUACGUUGACUUUCUGAUUAUGGGACAGUCCAGAUAUUGCAUCUGAAAUUUGUGUUCUUUCUUUUAGAAUAUUAGGGCAGGAAGAGAUUUCUGACUGCUAAUUACCUGUAGAUUUCUGUUCAAGUGAAUAUAUUUUCACAUAUCAAUCACCUUAAAGCAUUUAUGUGUUGCUAUUUUCAAAACAUUUAUUGUAUUUUGAUCAAAAUUUGUAAAAAGUUUGCUCAUCAGUUGAAAAAAGUAUAGUUAUCUGAAAAUGAUAGCGUCAUUGUAGCACUUGAAGCUAGUGUUUCUAUGUGCCCUACUUACAACAAUACCCCACAAACUGUAAGAGAUCAAACUGUAGAUACUGAGAGAGAGAAAAGUGGAACCUAUUCUGUCCAUUUUACUUAAAUGUGAUCAUUUGUCUGGCUACUUCAAACAAAUGAACUGAACAAUUGCUCAUGUUUUGCGGAUUAGUCCAUUUACAUCCAGUCCAGUCACUUACGUAAGUAUGAAUAUGCAAUCAAUGCUGAAAUAUUUCUAUAUAAUGUGUUUUAAGAGACAUUCGAGAUCAUGUUUAAUUAAUGUAAGGAAUUUUGUUGUUUGUAUACUAUGCCGUAUGAAAUUUUUUUGACACAAUAAACAGAAAACAAUAUUUCCAACUUACAAGUUUUAUGUGCGAAGAUGUUAAAAGAGGCUGUGCAGUCACAGACAAACAACAAAAGUAUAAUAAUAUGUCAUCAAAUAACAACUGUAGCAGCUAUAUGUGCAAGACAAGAUAUACCAGAAUGUAUACCUGUGCAAGCAACACUUAUAAAAAGGCAGGGAUGAUAAUCUUGGAUAAAACAUCCUGACAGCCAAAUUAAAAAGACACAAUGACUCUCUAUUGUACAUGCUUCUAUGCAGGCAAAAUCUACACAGAGUAUCAUUGUUGAGGUUUUUGUGGUCAUUUGUUGACACAAUAGCCUAUUGGCUUUUAUUUCAGGAUUUUUGGGUAACAUUUGUUUCAUGAUUUUCCUGAAGUUUUGGCAGAAGGAGUUGCUGGUGUUGCCAAAGGUUCACUCUCCACUAAUAGUAAAGGACUGGAGUCGAGACAGCACCCCGAGAUUAUAUGUACUCGAGACAGCACCCCGAGAUUAUAUGUACCUUUGUACCAACAUCUGAGGGAAUUUCCCUGAUUGCUACCACUGGGGUUCUCCCUUUACCACCUGCUACAGCUGUCUACUGCAGCAUGGGAAUACAUGAACUGUUUACUUUGAAUCUUUCUUCCUUUUUCAGUGAAAAAUAAAAGCAAGCUUCAAUAUAAAAGAUCCCAGAUUCCAGUGAUUGAUCACUGCAUGUAGUAAGGGGAGAAACACAGUGGUAAUGACCAGGAAAAAGCCCUCAUAUGUUAGUGUGACAGGUACAUAUAAUCCACAACUGCAGACUCAACUCCAGUCCACCACCAGCAGUGGAGUGUGAACCUUAAACACCAACAGUCACUCCUAUGAUGAAAUCUCCAGAAAAUCACUAAAUAAACAGACAUCAGUCAAAGAUCUCAAGACAGAAGUCCACAGGCAAUAUGUUACAGCAUCUCAUUUUUGAAAGGGAAAAUCUAGUUCUGCUAAGUUCCCCAAAUUUUAUGAACCAACUGUCUCUGAUGAAAGAGCCACUCUCUUUUGUUGGAACUAAUUCUUCUUCUAUAACUUGAGCAUUGUUAAGAUUAUCCACAGCUACCACAGUAAACACCUGUUUAAUGACUGUAUAACUCAUAUGCAUUAUUACCUACUAUCUUUCUUUUCUAACACUAGUAACAGCUGAUUCCUUCUUUUUAUGUCACUGGAAUAUUCAGAUUUGGUGUGUAGAAUGAUUCCAACUGAAUUUAGCUACCUCUUGGAGGAGAGCUAUAUUUUAAUAUUACUUACCACCAUACAAGUUGCAAACAGUUACAAAAGAGCAGAAUAAUACAGUAAUUUUCACUUUUCUUCAUUCUACAACAUAUGUUUUGUUGUGAGAGAAUAAUGUGCAGGCAUUCACUAUUGCCAUUGAUUCUUUCAUAAAACAACUGUCUCCAAUUCCACAGCCAAAGGAAUCAGUGGAUAUAACAAUCACUUGAAACUAAGUUCAAACAUGACUUUCUGGAAAACCAAUACAUCACAAUAUUGUUAAAUCACUCUAGAUCCCUAGCUGUUUAUAUGUUGUCUAUAUGCCAGAGUCCAGCAAACUCCAGUAAGUAUACCAUUUAUAUUAAAUGAUGGAGUUUUGCUGUACAUCUAGACUAUCAUUGAUCUGUCCAUGUGAAAUAAACUUGAAGUAGACAUCCAGAGGUUGAAGCUAUGUGAUAGAUUUCAUAGGCAUUACAUCUUAAUGUUUUUCCUUCUCACUUUCACAUGUGAGAUCAAUUAUGCAUGCUUGUGCACUAGUGCCCAACCAAGACACAGUUGCUUCAAAUCUGAUAGCAUGAAAUUUUUCACAGCCAAUAUUUAGCUGACAAGCAGAUAAUGUGUCUCAUGGGGUGAAGGCAUGUAACAGAGUUGGUGGUAAUCCAUCUGUGGCAUAGAGGCAUUAAAACCUGGAGGCCCUCUUGGUAUUAUUCAACUGAAUUAGGCUACUUUCUAGUACUGUAUACUCUCCUCUGUUUCAUCAUCAUCAUCAUCAACAACAACAACAACAACAGCACCAUCACCACCACUAAGAACAUAAUCAUGACACUAAAUUCAGCACUGAAAAAGCAUAUAAGACUCAACAUCCACACUUCAUGAAGAAAAUAUGUCAUUCUGUGUAAAGAAAUAAAACUUUCCACUUAGGUGGCAAACCCAUUCUCUCAGGGUGUUCUAGCUGACAAUAUCAUACGUUAUUAGCUUUUGACUGUCUUACAGAGAGAGAGAGAAAAAAAAUUGGGCUAUAUUUAACAAAACAUUCUAGUUAUGGAUCACAAAUCAAUGACAGAAUGACUUCAUUGGUAUAGAAAUGGGCCCAAAUCAGUAACAUGUCGUUAAAUGACAUUCGUGGUCCUAUCAAGCCCAAAAGAUUUCGGGAACAUCAUAAUUUAGUUUCCUAAUAGAAAUAUUUGAAUCUCAUAUUUCCAUUUCAAAUGGACAGAACUGCAUUUAUUUCUCAGAUCUUCCUAACAGAAUAAAGAUAAAAAAAAAAUUAAUGAAAAAUGCCACAGUAAACAAAUUUAUAUCCUGAUACCAAUGAGAGAAAGUAGGUAAGAGGGGAAAGCAAAUGGUAUUUCCAAGUCACUAAGGAACAACCAAAGAGAAUAAAAGAUUUAAAAAAUUGGAAAAAAUAGAUCCUUCAGGCCUUAGGUUAGAAUGACUGGAAUACAAAUGAUGAUCAAGUGGCUAACAUGUGGAACUGAAACAAUAAUAAAACUCGUCAAGUACCAUCAGAGAAAAAUGGCAAUAAAGACGCAACAAGCAUUAAAAAGAAUAAAACAAUUCCUAACUUGAUACUAACAGUAUACUCAACAGCAGUAAGGGUGUCAUAUUAACAAUAUCCACAGUGUUUAUCAACUCACCAUGAAUGCUAAUCAUCAUCAUAAUAUCUGCAAAACUUGCAAUAAAAAAUAAGUUGUAAAUGUACCACACAAUUGAUGUAAUAUAUAAAUUUCACAAUUUACUCUCUGACAAAGAAACUAAUUUUUCUCCAAUAUUUUCCUUGCUAACAUCUUUAUUACUGUUAAAAUCCACAAUUAACUACAGUAAUUGACUGAAAUCUGUCCAUUGCCUUUCACGUAUUUACGACACUAUCUGGACUAACAUUUCCAGUUCACAUUCCUUCUGGCAACAGCCUUUCUCCAUUUGUUAGCCUUUGAGAGAGAUGCCUAUAAUCAGGGCCAGUUUAAAGCCCGAGCAACACAAGCUGCUGCUUGAGGCACCAAACUGAGACAGGCACCAGAGGCAUCACCCAACUGAAACGUUACUAUACAGUGCCUAUAGAGAAUGUGUAUGAGGGAAGUGAGGGCAUCAAAUGAUAAGCUGCUUGUGCUGAAAAAUAAACACACACACACUUUCUGCUGGAACCCUAUUUUUUUUAAAUUUUUGUUCUCAGCAUAAUGAUCCACCUUAAGUUUUCAUGUACCAUUGCUUCUCUAACAUAAUCUUUUACUUCACUCAAAGCUCCUGUUGAGAAGUUUCUGUUUCUGGUGACACAUAAAGUCAUUAGGCACUGAGUGGUUAACUGUGAUCCAAAUUUAUCUGCCCAGUAGAUAACUGGCUAUUUUAUUUCCAAAUAUUGUGCGUUACCUUAAUGUGUGACACUGAGAUAUUGUGUACAAAACACUUUUAAUUCAGUAAUAUUGAUGUCAACUGUUUAAUGCUCUUAAGCAUUACUAAGAUCUUCAUUAUAUAAUGAUAUAUGAUUAUCUGCAAUGUUUUCCCUGAAAACAGUCAAGUCUAGAACAUGUGUCAUUACUUGACACAGUGAAAUAUUCCCAUGUAUCUACAUCCAAGAAUUAUAAUGUACUGUAACAAAAUGCCCAUACAUAUAAUGCACUUCAUUCCAGAGAGUAGUAAUGUAAUAUAACAUAUGUUUUUCAAAUGAGUACAUUUCUUUAACAGCUUCUGAAACAAAUGAAUGACUUCUGGUUACAAGCUUUGGAGAUGAAGUGAUCACCACAAACCUCUUAUUGAUAAUGAAUAUAUAUAUGUUUAUGUUCUUUUAUUACUUUUGUGCAGUGCACAGAAUGUUCAGUAUUUUUUGUAAAUAUAUAGCGCUGUCAUAUAAAUAAAAGAUGGGUUUUCUUGCUAUCCACUGAAAUACUACUAACUAGGAUUGAAGUGAAACUGUUGAACAACAUGUUGUUUUGUUCAGUAAUUUUCAUUUGCAGCAGAUGUGUUCCAUUAUUCUCAUUAUUAGCAUGAAGGGACAAAAAUGCACAAAUAAUGUAAAUUUGUAAAAUUAUUGAUUCCCACAUGAAAAUGUGACUCACUGUGUGACAAUAUUUAAUGUGAAAUAUACAAAUUCAAC